CUGAAGACCCUGGGGACGGAAGGCCUCUUCCUCUUCUCCUCCUUGGACACCGACCGGGAUCUGUACCUCAGCCCCGAGGAGUUCGGGCCCCUCGCCGAGAAGCUGACAGGGUCAACUCCUACAGCCAGCUACGAGGAGGAGGAGCUGCCCCCUGACCCCAGCGAGGAGACACUCACCAUAGAAGCCCGAUUCCAGCCUCUGCUCCCGGAGUCCAUGACCAAGAGCAAAGAUGGGUUCCUAGGGGUCUCCCGCCUGGCCCUGUCUGGCCUCCGCAACUGGACAACCGCAGCCUCGCCACGUGCACAGUUUGCCGCCCGCCACUUCCGGCCCUUCCUCCCCCCGCGGGGCCAGGCAGAGCUGGGCGAGCCCUGGUGGAUCAUCCCCAGUGAGCUGAGCGUCUUCACCGGCUAUUUGUCCAACAACCGCUUCUACCCGCCACCACCCAAGGGAAAGGAGGUCAUCAUCCACCGGCUGCUGAGCAUGUUCCACCCGCGGCCCUUCGUGAAGACCCGCUUUGCCCCGCAGGGGGCAGUGGCCUGCGUGACAGCGGUCAGCGACUUCUACUACACCGUGAUGUUCCGGAUCCACGCCGAGUUCCAGCUCAGCGAGCCGCCCGACUUCCCCUUCUGGUUCUCGCCCGGCCAGUUCACCGGCCACAUCGUCCUCUCCAAAGAUGCCACCCACGUGCGUGACUUCCGGCUCUUCGUGCCCAACCACAGGUCUCUGAAUGUGGACAUGGAGUGGCUGUAUGGGGCCAGUGAGAACAGCAAUAUGGAGGUGGACAUCGGCUACAUACCCCAGAUGGAGCUGGAGGCCACAGGCCCCUCAAUACCCUCCGUGAUCAUGGAUGAGGAUGGCAACAUGAUUGACAGCCGCCUGCCCUCGGGGGAGCCCCUCCAGUUUGUGUUUGAGGAGAUCAGGUGGCAGCAGGAGCUGAGCUGGGAGGAGGCUGCCCGGCGCCUGGAGGUGGCCAUGUACCCCUUCAUGAAGGUCACCUACCUGCCAUUCACCGAGGCCUUCGACCAAGCCAAGGCCAAGAACAAGCUGGUGCACUCGAUCCUGCUGUGGGGGGCCCUGGACGACCAGUCCUGCUGAGGUUCCGGGCGGACUCUCCGGGAGACGGUCCUGGAAAGUUCGCCCGUCCUUGCGCUCCUCAACGAGAGCUUCAUUAGCACCUGGUCCCUGGUGAAGGAGCUGGAGGACCUGCGAAACAACCGGGAGAACCCCUCCCACAAGAAGCUGGCAGACCUGCACCUGGAGAAGUACAGCUUCCCCGUGGAGAUGAUGAUCUGCCUGCCCAAUGGCACCGUGGUCCACCACAUCAACGCCAACCACUUCUUGGACAUCACCUCCAUGAGGCCCGAGGACGUGGAGAACAGCGCCUUCAGCUUCGCAUCCACCUUUGAAGACCCGUCCACGGCCACGUACCUGCAGUUCCUGAAGGAGGGCCUCCGGCGCGGCCUGCCCCUCCUCCAGCCCUAGUGGGCCGCCCCGGGGCCCUGAGAAGGGGCUGGGCAGGAGCUGGGAAGAAAGGCCUCCAGCAAGGAGCCCUGGCGUGGGGUGGGGUGCCAGAGAAGUGCUCCUGUUUUUGUCCGGAGCCUUCUUCCUGGCCACAGCCCUGGCUGCCCUCCUGUGCCCGCUCCCCAGGGGGUCAGGCUCGCGAGAGACAGCCAUCUGGAGGCUCUGGGCAGAACCCUCCUUCAGAAGCAGAAACCAUACAGCACCCCAGGCCUUGGCUCCCCAGACCAGUCUAGUCUAUUUGACUUGAUGAGAGGACCCCAAACCUGUUUGGGGACUUGCUCGAGGCCAGUUGCCCUUAGGAAGGGGGUCCCUGAGGCCCAGACCCAAGGCACCACCCCGCCCACCUCAGCACAGGGAGCAGGAGCACUGUUGGAACCAGAGUGCUUCCUGCCCCUGAGACCUCAGUUCCACGGAGUGUAGCCCAGCCAAGGAGCCGCCGACUGUCCGGCUGUCAGGGCAGCCCAGACCGGCCUGUCCACCCCUGGACGGGUGUUGACACUCCUUGGCCAAGCUUGGGGCCUCAGUUCGCAUCCCAAGCCACUGACCACGGCCAGUCUCUUUUUUAUACAUGCAGGAAAGUGUUUUUACGUGAACUUUCUCACCGUUUGUAGGUAUUUUUUAUAACCCCGCGCUAAGGAGAAGGAAGGGGCAAAGGCUUCCUCCAGCAGCUGCGCAUGAUGGCUGGGUCUGAAAUCCUAGAGGGGCCCAGCUUGAUGUCCCUGCAGUUGCCCCCGUGGGAAGAAACAGUCCUCUCUCCCUUCUCUUCUAGUUUUUUAAAUACAGUCAGAGGGUCUGACUGCGCCUGGUGGGGCACCAAGACAGCAUCUACCGCAUCCGGGAAAGACAGCUAGAGUGGAUUUGCACCCUUGCUCUCCACUCAGCCCAUGAGGGCCCAGGCCUUUCACGAAGGCCUUGCAGCCACGCCUGCUCCCCACCCUAAACCGGGAAGAGGAAGGCAGGCAGGCGCUUCCUCAGACACAGCCCCAGGCCUUCUCUAGCUGAGGCACUUCGUGAAGAUUACAUGUCUUUUCUCAUGGAAUCCUCACAACAAGCCUGUGAGGUGGAUAGUAAUUGUUCCCGUUUUGCAGAUGAAGAAACCGAGUCUCAGGAAAACAAACUGACUUGCCCAGCGUCACUCAGUGGCGGAGGUGAGAUUCAGCCUGAGUCUUGAUUGCGGGGUGUUUCGCACCCUUACCACGCCCCUGCCUGUUCUCACCGAGGUGACAAAGAAAGCCUUUCAAACCAAAAUGUCUCAUUCUCUUCUGAUCUCUGGACCAAAUGAGGCAUGAGUUAGCGAGCUCAGCCAAGUUCAUGUCCUCUGGGAGGCACUCUUCCAACCCUUCACAGGGAGGGACGACCGAAACCUUUCCCAGUGCUUCCAAGCAUGGGCGGCAGGAAGGUACUGAUUGUUCGGGCUUUCGGCACCCUCCUCAGGUGCUUCUGACUGACCCCCAUGUGCCUCGAAGCUCAUGUGGGGAGGGCCCCCAGCUGCCCUCUGCCACACCUCUGCCACUUUCCUCCCUGUCCCCAACACGUCCUGUAAUAAAAUUGGAGAUAAGAGGGUG